AUGAGCAUCACUCCACGCCAUGCCUCGCCUCUUGCCACACUUCCUCUGAUACCGACAGCCGGCAGCAGCCCCGGCGAAAAGACUUCUUCAUCGGAAAGCUCCGGGCCACACACAACGACAGCUGCUUCCGUACUUGCUCCAAAGACGUCGCCACCAUCGAGUCCGCACGUCCGAAAUCGCAUCUCCACGAAGUAUGCUGAGCGAGCUCCCGUCCCUCGUGACAGCGGAUACGGAUCAACAUGUCCAUCCCGGCCACUGGCAAGCACGCUCCAGCACAUACAGCCGGCCGAUCCAUCCAUCCGGAGACAUGUCCCAACAUCAGACGCCCGCCAUUCUUGUCUUCGGUCGGAUAUGAACCCGCGGAGCAAAUCCCAGGCUCUCAUCUUGCAGCCUGAUUCGUCUCCCAUCUCACAAGAACAGCUUGCGGCAGAGGUCAAAGGAAUCUAUGCUGGUUUGGUCAUGGUCGAAGCGAAAUGUAUCAACAUCAAUGCUGCUCACGUCGCUGAUCCAACGUCUCCGCUCGGCCCAGAGCAAACAUUACUGUACGAGCACCAUGACUUCCUCAUGGUAUGUCACGCGACGCAGCAUCCCUCAGCGACUGCCGCUCUCCGGGGCCUCGCCACAAAGUAUAGUAUGCCGGCCCGGAUGUGGAAGCACGGUAUACACGCAUUUCUGGAAGUCUUGCGACACCGCCGGCCUGACUCUCAAGACUACAUGUUGGCUUUCAUUUAUCUCGCCUACCAGAUGAUGGCUUUGCUGUUCGAAACUGUGCCAGGCUUCACCGACACCUGGAUUGAAUGCCUCGGAGACCUCGCCCGAUACCGAAUGGCAAUAGAAGAGGAGAAAGAGGCCCAUGCCACUUGGGGUGGUGUUGCAGCUCGCUGGUACACCAUGGCAUCUGACCGUCACCCUGCCAUUGGACGCCUCUAUCAUCAUCUAGGAAUCUUGGAGCGGCCCAGUCUUCGCAAGUUCUGCUUAUAUGCGAAGUCGUUGACCUGCGUCAUACCCUUUCCAAAUGCUCGAGAUUCCCUCUCAACUCUGUGCGGGCCCAUCGUACAGGAUGAUCAGACCAUUCAGAGUAGUAGACAGUCAGCUGAAGCUCGCAUCGUCACAUUCCAUGCCUUGGUCUACACGGCUCGUGCAAAGACCUUGGUCGAGGAUGUAGGCCAGGACGCUUUGCAUUUACUCGGUCAGCAGCCUAACAAGCUUCGCGACUUUGGAGCGUAUCUGGCCGUCGCGAAUGUCGCGGCACUCUUCGAUCUAGGUAAACCAACCAAUAUGCUUUGGCAGUUGUACACUGCUGCUAUCAACCAGGCGAUGCAGAGCUCGAGACCAUCCGUCACGUCCACCAUGCACACCGACGAUAUCCUGUCAAAGCUGCUUCCGGAUAUGGGCUCAGGACCGCUAGCCACAUCAACUACAGGCUUCUUCAUCGAUUGUUUUGACUUUGUUAUACGACAGUACAACAGCCCAGACAUGGUGAGAGAUAGUCUCGGUUUUGUACACAUCACACUCGUUUGGAUCCAUUCCCUUCAUGCUUUGCGAACCCGACUUAAUAGCGGCAACCAUCAUACGUUUGACCUUCCCGUGGAUGUCGGGCGGCUACCUUGGGGCGUGGUUGCGGAGUUUUUGAAUACGCUGGCUUCAAUUGAUCCAGUUAGCACAUACGUACUAGAACGUGCUCGACAAGGUAACUUCCUCGGCGCGGAACGCAAAGAAAAGGCGCAACCUCUUUCGGAGGACUAUACUAUACGUGGCCUGAUCUGGGGUCAAUUCUACUUCUGCCCCGGCUGGUUCGAUGGCCAAUGCGAAGACGAUGGCCGAGCGAUUGAAACAAAUUCCAUGGCAGAAUCACGAGCUGAGAGGGUCUUGUGGCUUGGACUCUAUCUCGCCUUCCACACUGAGCACCUGCACUACGAUGUUCAGAAGAAGCUCUUCUCCACCUCCAUGGAACGUAACGCAGCGACUUCUGAAUCUGCACACCCUGCAGCGGUGGCGCCUGUCGACGUGGACAUGGAGCAAAUAUCUGAGGCUGUGGCGCUUUCUCCACGUUCAGGAACCUCCGGCACGCGGUCGUCCACAUCGAGUGGUAGCAGUGAAGAUGGGUUCCACAAGGUCAAAAAACCCAGAACAAAUCGCUACACCUACGCCAAUGCAGUCGCAAAGCCUCCUCCUGACACCACACCCAUCCGACCAAGAAAAGCUAGGCGAGACUUCAACGCAAUGGUCUAUGCAAUAGCUACCGAGCACGGCUGGGCGAAUGGCGUGUCGCAAGAAUACGGUUCAGUCACUUCUUAUUGAUGACUCAAAAAGUUAAAUUCAUUCUCAAAAGUCGAUGCCCCUCGACGUGCUACGGUCACAGAGCACGGAGUUUAUGACGUUUCCGUGAGCUCUGAAUACUACGACCGCAAAGAUGGAUUUUCGCAUAUCAAAGACUGGCUCAUUGGAGGUCGGUAGAGUCUGCGACACACAAUCAACCAUCAGCAGGCGAGAUGGUCGUGCUUCCGACCCCCCAACGGCAACAUCUACCUACUGACAACCAGUCAGUGCCACGAAAGACCGCUUCAACCACAGUUGAAAUUGAGUACCUUGUCAGCCUUGUUCGCUGGAGCGCUCUCCAGUCCCUGAGGCCGCUGCACAGCUUUCAAGUUGAUUGACGAGUCCUUGCUGAGUUCGGACAGACUUGUUCGAGACUCUCCCAUGGGUUGGGAGCACUUCUUUGCCUCAUUAUCCUUCUCAGGCGUCUCGAAAACGCAGCCGACACCUCUCAACAACCUUAUGAUGGUCAGUGACUGCACCUCCGCUCAAACUGCACUUCGAGAACGAACUCUUCCUCCUCCGAGAAAAUGGGUUCGAGCCGCCACUCGACUGGACCAGCACGAUCUUUGUCGCUAGCCAUGAUAUACAGUAACAC